CGCGACGCCGCCAGCGACCGCGAGCCCAAGCAGCUGGGCGGCCCGCAGCCGCCGCUCGCGCUGCCGCCGCCGCCGCCGCCGCUGCCGCUGCCCCCGCCGCCGGCCGACGAGCAGCCCGAACCUCGGACGCGGCGCAGGGCCUAUCUGUGGUGCAAGGAGUUCCUGCCCGGUGCCUGGCGGGGCCUUCGCGAGGACCAGUUCCACAUCAGUGUCAUCAGAGGUGGCCUCAGUAACAUGCUGUUCCAGUGCUCGUUUCCUGACACCGUGGCCACCAUUGGUGACGAGCCUCGGAAAGUGCUCCUGCGGCUCUACGGGGCGAUUUUAAAGAUGAGGUCCUGUAAUAAAGAGGGAUCCGAGCAAGCUCAGAAAGAAAAUGAAUUUCAAGGGGCCGAGGCCAUGGUCCUGGAGAGCGUUAUGUUUGCCAUUCUUGCAGAGAGGGCGCUUGGGCCAAAGCUCUACGGCAUCUUUCCCCAAGGCCGCCUGGAGCAGUUCAUCCCGAGCCGGCGCUUAGACACUGAAGAAUUAAGUUUGCCAGAUAUUUCUGCAGAAAUAGCUGAGAAAAUGGCCACAUUUCAUGGUAUGAAAAUGCCAUUCAAUAAGGAACCAAAAUGGCUUUUUGGAACAAUGGAAAAAUACCUAAACCAGGUGCUGAGGAUUAAGUUUGCCGGGGAGCCGCGGGUGAAGCAGCUUCACCGUCUCCUCCACUACAACCUGCCCCUGGAGCUGGAAUACCUGAGGUCGCUGCUUGAAUCCACCCCCUCUCCGGUUGUGUUUUGUCAUAAUGACUGUCAGGAAGGUAAUAUCUUAAUGCUGGAGGGCAGAGAGAAUUCCGAAAAGCAGAGACUGAUGCUCAUUGACUUCGAAUACAGCAGUUAUAAUUACAGGGGAUUCGACAUUGGGAAUCAUUUCUGUGAAUGGAUGUACGACUAUAACUAUGCAAAGUACCCUUUCUUCAGAGCGAACAUCCUGAAGUACCCCACCAAGAAACAACAGCUCCACUUUAUUUCCAAUUACUUGGCUGCAUUCCAUAAUGAAUUUGAAAACCUCAGUAAUGAAGAAAAGUCCAUUAUAGAAGAAGAAAUGUUGCUUGAAGUCAAUAGGUUUGCCCUUGCAUCUCAUUUCUUCUGGGGACUUUGGUCCAUUGUGCAGGCCAAGAUUUCAUCCAUUGAAUUUGGUUACAUGGACUAUGCCCAAGCAAGGUUCGAUGCCUAUUUCGACCAGAAGAGGAAGCUCGGGGUGUGAGUGUGUGAGGCGCCAUCCACUUCAUCCCUGGACUGCGUGGCGGCGGCCAGGCCAGCAGGGCCCUCCGCGCUCCGACGGCUGUCCCCGCGGCAAGGCUUGGAUGGCUCGCUGCCGAACACAGAUGUGUAUGAUAUGAAAGACUGUAUUAAAAUUGAGUAACAUUUAUAUCCUAUCUUGUUUACGAUUUCACUAGGACUCUGCAAUGAGAUCGGGAAGCAGAAACAUAGUACAAUAGCGCAAUAGUGCAAUCUCAGAAUCCUUUGAGUCUAGAGAAGGCAUUUUCUAUGUGGGGCCUGAAGUUUGCAGUCAGAUACGGCAGACAGCACGAGUAAACAGUGUUUCUGCGGGUACUUUUUUUCGGUUAAUGUUGAUUUUUCAAGGACUUGAAUUCAUGUGCUGGGGAACACUGUGACCAGGCCUUCAGUGGUGACAGUGUGUGUAGAUGCCGCCGGCUCCUGAGGGCGGCGAGUGAGGAGGGACAGACUGUGACGUUGCUCUGCGGCCUGACCGACCGCGAGUGCCCGGAAGCUGCUCGCUCACCCUUCUGGUCCACACGGUGGAUGCUCGAGGCAGCAGACGCCCGUGCGGGGGGUGAGCUGUUGUCUCCGUUCGAUGAAUGUAGCUCCUCCGGACCUGUUGUACAUAUUUUGUCCCGCAGACGCAUCUCCCCCGUCUGUCUGUGGCCUCUGCCCUGCCCUCCUCCUCCACUGAAUGUGCCCUACUAACCCCGGCCUUGGCGGGCAGGCACCUGCGGACACACUCGCCUCCUGCCUGCCCUCCCCCCAGAAAGCAGGCUUUGCCCUGCUCUCC